UCGAAACGCGUUUAUGAACGGUUUAAGGCUGGUGCGCGGUACGAAAAAAUAGUAAAUGAAGAAAAAAAAUUGUGCGAAUAAUUACAAAAACAAAACUAAUAAUAACAAAGUAGUGUAAUACAAUAACAACGAUUUAUAUGAAUAAUUACGAAAAUAAAUUAAGAAAAAAUUAAAAAAAAAGUUUAAUAUAAUUCAUACAAUAAAAAAAUAAAAAGCAAUCAAUGUUUUCACGCCGCAUACAAGUGCACUGCACGAAAUAAAUAAAUGAGUUUUUGUGUAACAAAGAAUUAAUUAACACAAUAUUUCGCUUAACAAAAGGUUUACAAAUUUAACAACAACAACUGAAGUUGUUUUAAGAAACUGUUUGAACUGCGGGUGAGAAAAUAAAAAAUAAAAGUAAAUAAUAAUAACAAAACAAUAACAACAACUAUAAAAUAACUGCACAUACUAAGUUACUAAGCGUGGUUCCAGCAUGGGAAUACCACCACAUCGCGGCCACGGCGGGCUGCUGCUAAUGUUCUUCGCUACGUCGCUGCUUGCUGUCGUACACACACAAGAUACAUCGGGCUACUAUUUCGCCGCACCCAACCCACAGACACGCUUUGUGCCAUCCGCUUCUUUUCAGUCGAAUCGUCAGCCGGCGCAGGCGGCUUAUUUGACAGCGUCACGCGGUGGCAGCAAUGCGUUGUCCAACGGUGCUUACACCCAGCCGGGUUCAUAUCAGGAGCAGCUGCUAUUCAUCAGCAAUGACGGCAAGCAGCAACAGUCACAACAGCCAGCCACGUCGGUGGCGUAUUCGCCGUUUGGUGCGCAAAUUUCGCAAACCCGCAAUCCCGACUACUACGAUAUUUCACCGCGUCCUUUCGGUGCGCCCGCUUCGACUGGUCUCAGCACCGCAGCCAGUGGCUUCACACGCUCGAAGGCGAUACGUCCGAUCGGUGGCGGUUUUGUGCCCUCACAACAAAGUCCCGUACGCGCGAAUGUGCCACAUCAGCAGACACAAUUUUUGUCACACUUCAAUGAGCCGGGUACCUCCACCGGCAAUCGCCCAUCAGCGAACAGCUUAACUGGCUCUUUUCAACGACCCUUCGGCAGCAGUGGUUUUGUGCCAAGUUCUAAUCGCAAUCGUCCCGUCGCCGCAGGCGCUAGCGCCACGAAUUACAAUACCGAUUCUUCACCCAAUUCAAGUCAAUCCGCAUUUUCGCAAACCCCCUUUAAAAACUCGCGCAAUCGCUUCCAACCCAGUAGCGCUAAUGCGCCUACUGCCUCAGCCACCACCGAAGCGCCAGCCUCGAGCACGAAACGUUACAACCGCUUCGGUGCGAAUCGCGCGCAGCAGAACACACUAAAAGCACAACAACAACCGACUCCUUAUAAUACGCCCGAAGCGACGUCACAACGUCCCACAUUUGGACGCGUUACUGGCAAUAAGUCGAGCAGUUUUCAACCGAGACGACCAGUUUUCAUUAGUCGCGAGAUUAACGAACCCGUGAAUGUGGGUAAAGUGCAAAGACCCUUCGCUGCUGGACGCGUCAAGCUGCCAGUUAAGGAGGGAUUCUUCAAACAAUCCACGACUGCUUUGAAACCGACUCCAGCCAUAACACCUACCAGUGAUAGUGAGGAAUAUUACGAGGAUGAAAGUAGUAAUCCUGCGGAUGUGAGCGCCACAAAGGAGACAAGUCUGGAAAAGUUGGAGCUACAUGAAGCCGAAGAGACAACUGUCGGAAGUGUGACAGCUGCAGAUACAACACAAUCGACAAUCAGUGCUGAGGUGGAAGAGACAACGGCAUUACCGUCGGAUGAGGACAAAUCAAGCGCCACAGUUGAGCAGACGAAUGAGGAAAAAACGAGUGAUGAAUCCAAUUACGAAUCCGUAGAUGCCACCACAAAUCGCAACUCGGAAUAUGAGUAUGAAUAUGCGGAUGAAGAAGAGUCAACUGAGGCCACUGUGAAGGAAAUCAAACCUAAUCAGUCUUCGACUACGGCGGUGAGUGAGUCCACUACAGCAAGCUCUAGCACAGCCGAUGUAACUGCGAUCACUACUGAGCAGCCACCGACAAGCGUUAGCAAUGAGGAAGUUGAAGAAUCUACUGCUGACAUACUCACGACUGCAAAUCACGAUACAACAACCGCUAUGCCUGCUAAUCAUAAGGCAAUGGAAACAGAGCACACGGAAGACAACGAAGAUGCCAACUAUGAAGGUAGCGCUGAUUACGAUGAAGACGAGUACGAGGAAGAGGAUGAAGAGUUCGAUGAAACGGAGGAUGUCAGCAAAGAACCAGUAAAUGAUAAGGAUAUUAUCGAUCGCGAGGUUAUAUCUGUAGUGACUACGAAAAGCGUAGUGAAUGGCUCGACUGCCUAUCCGACACCGGUCACACAACGUUCGACAACACUUGCCAGCGAUGAAGAAGCCAUCUUUACAGAGAAUAAAGUGCAACCGGCUAAAAUGGACGAAGAGAAUGCAGCCGAGGUUGCAGUUAUCGAAAAGACCGCCGAUAAUUCCACAACCAAUGAUGAUGCUAUGAGUAAUACAACGGAGAGUUAUGUGGUAAUCGCCUCCAUACAAACAAGUCGCAGCAUAAAUGGUGCACGAUUCCUACCCUUCCCCGCUAUAGAGCAAGAGGAAACCAAACAGACACUCUCCGAGUUGGAACGCAAAAUACAUGCACAAAAGACAGCGAAGAAAAACAAUAAAGACAUGGAAACAGAGGAAGUCUCCGAAAGUGGUGAAGAAGUGUUGGCCAAUGUGACAGAGAAGUCCAGCACAUCGUCGGCGAUCUCCUCUACUGAAAGCAUCAUAGACAAGUUAGAUCGCGUGCAAUCGGAGCUCUCUAGUGGUUUACUUUCCGGUAAAUUCCCGAUAAUUACCGAAAUGGAUGUGUCGACGAAGGCCACCACUACUACCUCAGGUUCGAAAUUCGUACCAAAUAUACGUAAGUUCCAACCAAAGACCACUGCUGCCUCAAAGGUGAAAGUGCAUCACUUUGAUGAGAGUGAAAUGGAUGAGUUGGCUGGUCUACUGCCGGUCGGCUUUAAACCACGUCCAUCGUAUAAGAAUCGUAAGAUUACAACAACCACUACUACUACAACCACCACGGCACCAGAGUUGGCCGAACCUGAAGUAAAGAAACCAACGCGUAACUCCACGAUCAGUCGCUCGUUUAAAAACAAUGCCGUAAUUGUGCAGGACGUCGCGCUUGCUGGACUCCUGCCCAAAGGUUAUAAACCACCGACCACAACAGAAGCCACCACCAAAGCCGAUAUCACAGAUCUCUUCAGCAAAAUUAAGUUCGAUGACAGUCUCGAAAAGUUGCUGCCGAAAGAUUACAAGGAGAAAGCAGUCACAACAGCUAAACCGCCUGUAACUCUUGUGGAUGAUAUCUCCAAAUUCCUACCACCGGGUUACAAGCUACCCAGCACUACCGCAGCACCAACUAAAAAACCCACCGUUGCAGUGCUGGAUGAUAUCAGCAAGCUACUGCCACCUGGUUAUAAACCACCUGCGAAACCCGAUGAUGAUACCGAUAAACUAGGCGGUGGUAUUAUACCGUUGAAGGCCGAUGACAUAUCCAAGUUCCUACCACCGGGUUAUAAACUUGAUGCCACAAGUAAGAAGGACACAAUACCAGCGCCUGAGAGCAUUGAUAUUUCACAGCUAUUGCCGAAAGACUACAAACCCAGCACCGUCACAGAGAAACCACUACAAAAGACCGAAGUAAAAACCGUCGAUAAUGCCAUGACAACUGCUUCGACUACCGAAGCAAGCUCCUCAUCAACAGCCGACGAGGUCUCUAGCACUACAGCUGCCUCUGGUUUCAAGGUAGUCUUUCCCAAAGGCGUACAUAAACGCCUUGGCGCACAACGUUUGACCACACCACGUACAACUGGUGGUGAUGCCGCAAGCGAAACGGGCAACUCACCAGCCGUGGUCAUCAAGAAAGGACCGCCUACGCGUGCAACCACCGAGUUCACAGGUUGGCCCACACCAUCCACAACUCCCAUCUCUAUCGAGAAGUUGCUGGAGCAGAGCCGUACGGCGAGCAUCAACUUUGAGGAUCUACUUUCAUCCACCAGCACCAGUACUACAACGACGACUACCACAACAACAACUACUACAACACCACGUCCCACCAAACCCGGACACUGCACGUCCGAUUGCGAUUUGGCGGCAACGAUAAAAAUUGUAGACGGCGUUGCAUGGAAACCGGAAUUACUGGAUCACAAUACUGUCGAGUGGAAGAAUCUAGCACAUGAAGUGGAGGCUGAGCUCAAUGAAGUCUAUUCGAAGGCGCCACAAUUGUCGCGCUGGUACAAAAAGGUACGUAUCGACAGCUUCAGUCAGGGUAGCGUGCUUGUGGAUUAUUAUGUCGAACUUGCGAACAUCACCGAAGACGUAAACACUUUAGAGAUCAAGAAACUCUUCCACGAUGCUUUGACACACCCACCACCGGAGAUGAUCUUGGCACACAAACCCGUCACGGAGAAUGAAACCGACAAUGAGGAUGAGAGUACAGGCAGUAAUGCGCCAUAUCGCGAAGUGAAAGAGGAGAAACUAAUCAAGGAGACAUUCUUAAUGGGCAAAUAUGUCAUCGAUCCGGCGGCCACAGACUUUAGCGUUAUACCAAAAUCCCUUUCACCUAUGGUCGAAUUUGCCGAAGAGGAUCAACUAUUACCUCAAUGGGCGAUUGUGGUAAUUGUUAUUGGCGUGGGCUCUCUGAUCUUUGUUAUCAUUUUUGGUGUUACUGUGCUACUUAACCGCCAAAAGCGCUCUAAGAAGGCACCCAUGCCUCUGACCAACGAUAUGCUAAAUGAGUUGAAGAUCAAUCAUAUGGGUGGUGCGGAUAAUUAUGGCGUAGAUGAUUUCUAUAAUAUAGAUGAUGCUUGGAAUGAUACUAAGCAACCGAUUAAACCAAAGCGUUUCACCAACUCCCUACAUGGCAGCAACGGUUCCAACAUCUACGACAGUUGGCGUUCCACACGUCACGGCGAUUAUCUAUACGAUACGCAAACUAAUUACUCACAAAAGGGUGACUCAUUGCAACGCGGCCACCAUCAUAACAGUCAUCACCAGCAGCAACAGCAUCAUCAUCACCACCAUCAUCAGCAACAACAACCGCAUCAUCAACAACAACACACGAUGUCACAGCAUCAGCACCCAUAUCAUCAGUAUCCUGAUGCCUUUGCGGAUGCGCAUCAAAUGUACACGUACAACAACAAUAGCGGUAGCGGUAGCAAUCAUGCGAGUCGAGCGUCUCGUUACCAGCGAGACUACGAUCCAGACUUUUAAGUGAUACACAAGUAGAAGAGAAACCAGUUUGGCGGGAGGAAAAAGGUUAAAACAAGAAAAUGAAAAGGAGCAGAAAAUGCGAAGAUAAUUUCUGAAAAUGAAAAAAAAUAAAUAAAGUAAAAUUAACUAAAAAUAUGUAAACACUAAUAAGUGGGGUUAGAAACGAAAAUGAAAUUUAUUUAAUAGCUAACGCGUUUUGUUGCUUUAAAAGUGCAGAGAUUUGCACUUAUUAUGCUUAAAUACAUACAUACAAUUAAAAAAAAAAAAAACUCAUAAAAAUUUUAAGUGAAAUGAAAAAAAUACUCAAAUCACAAAUUUGCAAAAAAUGCAAAUUUUUUUAUGAAAAUGGCAAAUUAAAUAUAUAUUGAAGUAAAAAAAGCACUUAUUAAAUGUAUAUAUACA